AUGCGUAGUAUUGGAACUACCAGAAAGACACUUUCAUUCAGUAGAAAUUCAAACAAUAAUGGAACUUUAAGUCUUUCUGAACGAUUAAGUGCUAUACCUGGAAAUAAGAUAUGUGCAGAUUGUGGUGCUAAAACUCCUCGAUGGGCAUCUAUCAAUUUAGGAAUACUUAUUUGUAUUGAUUGUAGUGGAAUCCACCGUCACUUAGGUGUACAUAUUUCAAAAGUUAAAAGUAUAUCACUAGAUACAUGGCAAAAUGAGUGGAUUGAACGCUGCAGUAUUAUUGGCAAUGAAUUAUCUAAUAUGUAUUAUGAGUACAAGUUACCAACUGGAUUUAUGAGACCAAGCUGGAAUAAUCAACAACAUAGUGUUGUUGAACAAUGGAUACGUGAUAAAUAUGAAUUUAAAUUAUAUGUACCAAAGAACUUAGAACCUCCAAUAUUACUACUAAAUAGAAACGAAGAUCCACGUAAAUUUAUAUCAGACUAUUACUUAGAUACACUAGAUACAAAAAGUAAUGGUCAAGAGAAAAAUAACACAAUCGAAAAUAAAGAUAAGACAGAAAAAUUAAUUUCAAUUAGUAAAAAUGACUUAAUAAACGAAUUAAAUUCAGAUUUAUUAGAUAUUGCAAAUACAAGGGAUAUAAAUAUUAUUCAAGAAAAUAUUAAAAACGUCAAGAAAGACAACAAAAAUAAUAAUCCUUUAAUGGAGUUGAGUAAUAUUUUGUCUGACCCUGGUAUCAAUUCAACAUGCAAAUCUUCAACUGAAAGUACUUCAAGGAUAGCUAGAAUAAAUACUGCUAAGCAGGCUAUUGCAAAAUUAUAUGAUAAUAUAUCUACUGAUAAUGUUAGUAAUCUAUUUGAUUUAUCAAAUUUUAAUAAUUCUAUUAAUAAUUGUUUGCAAUCAUUUGAAAGAACAGAAUCAUUUGAAGCUGAAGAUUCUAUAAUAGAUCAGUUGAAUACUAAUCAAGUUCAUUUGAAUAAUAACCAAUCCAAUAAUAAUCUAGUUAAUGAUAUAAUUAUAAACAAUUUGCAAACUAAUCCUUGCAACACAGAAAAUGUUGACGUUCUACAGAAUAAGGAGAAAAAGUGCCCAUUUAGCUCAUUUGAUGCAUUUUCUAUAAUGAAAGACUCUCUGUCAAAGUAA